AGUUUAUAAGUAAUUCGUUGGUCUCUUUUAUUUUGAAAAAUUCCAGAUUUUCGUGACCCGGAAGUGUUUCUUUAAUGUUGCUCACAAGACGCUGAUGAUGAGGAUGGAGUCUUGGGACUAUUUGGAUGAGCUGAUGUUUUCCAAUAGUUACGUAUUCUGAUUAAAUAAAUUGUUACAAUCAUGUUGCGCGAGGGAAAAGAAGCCUGUCCUUUCGUGGAGGACAGCUUCAGCCGCUUUUUAUCACAGAGUAACAUCUACGGCCUCUGUCAGGCCGGUGAGCAAGAGCUUCUCGCAGCCAGCCUGAAAGGCAGAGUUGUCAGUUUCAGGUAUCAAGACCUCCAACAGAAAAUCAGACCUGUUGCUAAAGAGGUACAGUUCACCUACAUACCCGUUGAUGCAGAAAUUGUAUCAAUCGAUGCUUUCAACAAAUCCCCACCAAAUAGGGGACUGGUUGUGGGCAUUACGUUCAUCAAGGACUCUGGUGACAAAGCCACACCAUUCUUAAACAUCUACUGUGACUACGAGCCGGGUUCAGAGUUCAAUCUUGAGUCCAUUGCACAGAGCUGUCUGAACCUGGAGCUGCAGUUCACCCCUUUCCAGCUUUACCACACAGAAGUCAGUUGUGGAGAUGGGUGCAGUGAAACGGUGUUUCUCCUCAGUGGUCAUGACCAGAGGAUUCAUCUUUACAAAGAGAACGCUUCCCUUCAUCAGUUUGAGGAGCAGCCUGUGGAGAGACUGUUCCCUGAGCUUCAAGAGCUGCCCAGCAAUGUGUUGUGGCUUGAUGUGCUGAGUAUCCCUGGUGGCCGUCGUCUCACCGCAUUUGGCUGUCAGAAUGGCUGUGUGGGACUGGCUCUGGUUGACCAGACUAUACCAGAGGUUGUGCAGAGUUGGCGUGUGCAGCAAGACAGUCCCAUCUCCACCGUGGUGCUCUUCCCCUUGCAGACCCGGGCAGAGCCUGUGGACUCGGUCGACAGCGCUGGACAGGACAGAUGUGACUACACUGGUUACAAUCUCCUGGUGACCAGCACAAUUGAAAUGGCUGUUGUGUACAGGGACAUCCAGGAGUGCGGUGUGAGUAACCCUAUGUGCCUCCCGGAAAGUGACAAGUGCGAUGCAGUGCUUUGUGCGCUCGUCACUGAUCUGGAUUUUGAUGGUCAAAAAGAACUGUUACUGGGAACGUAUGGACAGGAGCUGCUUUGCUACAAGUUGCAGCAUGCAGUAAAAGGGGAGGAGGGGCGGUUCCAGCUGCUGUGGAGGCGGAGCUUCAAGAGCCCCGUGCUGUCCAUUAUCUACCUGGAUUUAACUGGAGAUGGGCUGAGGGAGCUUGCCAUUCUCACUCUCAAAGGGCUGCACAUACUACAGCACAGUCUGACCAGCACUGCAGACCUGGUCCUUCAACGGCUGGCUGAUAAGAUAUCAAAGACCACUGGCUCAGACGUUCAGCCGAUACCAGAACGGGAAACCUCAGAAUGGGACAAGCAAAGUGCCCUAUCAAACUGAGAACUACAAAAAGAUGAUCUUACCUGUGCUAAUUAAGACACCAUCAACAUAAAUUAUGUCAACUUAUGUGUAAUAAGUAUGCAUUUGCUUUAUGUACCUUGCAUAACAUUUGUUGUAAAUAAAUGUGAAUCAGAAAUUGUUAACUGAUUUGCAUGAUUGUC